UCCAUGAAACUGCUCUGUUCUAACCCUUCUCUCUCUCUCUCCCCUCUCUCUUUUGGGUUGCCUUGUAAAUCACAGAUUACUGUCCUCUUUAAUCUCUCUCUCUCUCUCUCUCUCUCUCUCUUUCCUCUAGCAUUUCAUUUCUCUAUCUCAUAUUCUUCAUCCAAAGGCUUCUUUCUAUCUUCCAUUUGCUAAGCGGCGACUUAUUCUUUUCCCUUUUUUUCCUUUCGUUCUCUUCCUUAUUUUCUCCGCAAAGCAAAGGAGAGCGCCGAGGGGAUAGACAGAGAGAGAUUGUGGCCCUUCGCCUUCCGAGACCCAGAUUUAGAUCCAUCCGUUAGCUCGUUACUCAGCUCAAAGGAUUUUUAUCGCAGAUAUGGGUUCGAUUUGUUUGAACGAAGCAGAGAUAUUCUAUAACGAUUUGGACCGGGUUGAUACCUCCAAGAGUUGGCACAACAACUCUGCCUUCACAACAUAAUUUGUGCUGAACUAUGUCAACCCCGAUGCAAGGGCAGAGGGGUACAAGCAGUUCCUUGUCUGCAGGUUUUGAGUUUGAACAUGGAUCUUCAUCAAGUAGUGCUGCGGUAGAUCAACAGCUCUGUUGGAAUAAUAUGCUGAAUCAGGCAGAUAGCCGAGUGGUGGACUACAUUCCACCACCAAGUAAUAACAUUACCUUUCUGACCUCUAUUGGUCAUGAGCUGCCAAACUUAGCCAACUGGGGACCAGGCGGACCCAGUUCUAGUGACAUGCAUCCUGAGAUGGGUAACGAGCGGAAAACAGAACAUUCAUGGCCAGCUUCAGUAAGUUCCUAUGGUGGACCUGGUCCUUUACUAGAAGAUCGGAGAUACGAGCAGCCGGGUAGUGUUCGUACAGUGGAUAAUGUUAGUAUGAACCCUCUAGUGAUUCAUAGUUCCAGUUCUAGUUCAAUGCCACCAAAUCUUAAUGUGCCAACUGGUUUUGUUGGCCAUGGCAGUGAGAGUUCGCCACUUCUGGAAUGCCCUAAUUUGUACAAGCCAAGUAGGUCGGGUGCUCAAUGGCUUCCGGCUGGUAAUAGCUCCGAUCCUUUUACGGUUGCUUCUAGCAGUGGCACUGGAAAUUUCGGCGAAGACAAUGAUGUGAGACCUGGCAGCCUGUUGGAUGGUCGCCGUAUACCUUGUAAAAGGAAGUCGUUCGAAGGACACAUUGGUCAAUCUUCUAAUGUUGGGAGCUCUAGUUAUUCGCAAAAUUUGGAAACUAAUGCUUCGCCCAAUCUUCUUAUUGGCCGUAAUUAUGAUGGCACUACAGUUUCAUCUUCUUUUCCAGAACAGGCAGACCCAAGAAGUGGAUUGGGUCUGAGAGGAGCUGGUUCUCGUAGUCUGCCCGAUUUAAGUGUUGCAGGAAGUACAGAAAACAUGCAGAGAAACUUCCGUGUGAGGGGAAAUGCUUUGGGUCAAAACAUGCCCAAUCCUCCCAUUUCAUAUUCUGCUGGUACAGGAAAUGGUGUUUUUAACCCUGGUUUUAUGUCUAACCAGCCAUCUUCGAGACUUCUCACAAUUGAUCCUUCAUUGGACCUAAGGCCAAUAACUGUAGCCAGUGAUGCAAAUGGGCAACACCAGACUAGUGUACCACCUGUUCCAACUUUGCCACCCAGCGGACCAUCAAUUCGAUGGAAUAGAGCUCUUGUUUCACGAGCUUCCGGUUCAUCCAGUGCAGUUCUAUCAGGAAAUAGAGAUGCUGGAUCGCAUGACGAAUCCAACUCAAGCAGCAAUGGGAGAAACAUCUUAGAGCAUUCCAUGUUUGUUCCAUCCAGCGAUUUGGGAAACUCGGUUCCAAAUCCUUCUGUUAGGAGGAGUGCUGGUGGAAGCAGUGGCAUUCCUUUAAAUACUGCUUCUAGUUCUCGAGGCAGCGCAAGCUCAAGCCGCCAGUCAUCCCAUGGUCAUUGGGCGCCUCAUUACAAUCGUCAUCCACAAUAUCCUCGGAGAUUAUCUGAAUAUGUUCGCCGGUCUUUGAUGUCUUCUAUGGGUUCUGAGCCUGAAGGCCAGAGUAGCUAUGCUGCAGUUGGCUCAGGGCCUCCUGCUUCUUCACAAGACAUUCUGCUUUCAUCUAGAUCUGGUUACCAGGGUCAGGCGAUUCCUUCCAGGUCAACGAUUUGGACAGAGAGACAAGGAGAUGGUGCAGUGGGUUUUCCCUAUCCCAUGCGAAGUUUAGCUGCUGCUAGUGAAGGGCGAAGAAGGCUCGUAUCUGAGGUGCGAAAUGUCUUGGAUUUAAUGCGCCGGAGUGAGGGCUUGCGGAUUGAGGACUAUAUGCUCCUUGAGCAGUCAGUAUUUUUUGGGAUGGCUGAUAUCCAUGACCGGCAUAGGGAUAUGCGCCUUGACGUUGACAACAUGACCUAUGAGGAGUUGUUGGCUCUCGAAGAGCACAUCGGAAACGUUAACACUGGAUUGAAUGAAGAAAUCAUAUCAACUCGUAUGAAACAGCGGAAGUGUGCCAUUCCUGUUGACUCUGAUAAUGAGGUUGAGCCUUGCUGUAUUUGUCAGGAAGAAUAUAAUACUGGAGAUGACCUCGGGACCCUGGAAUGUGGACAUGAUUUUCACAGAGAUUGUAUUAAGCAGUGGCUGAUGCACAAGAACUUGUGUCCCAUCUGUAAAACAACCGGUCUGAACACAUGAGAAGGAAUCGAAGAUCUUCCUAUACCAUGUCUUAGUCCCCUACUCAAUUUGACUGAGAAGACAAACAGAUGCAUACCGUGAAAUGGCUUGAGGAUUCUGAUAUUUUGCUAGGAUUAAUUAAAAUCAUUUUAAUGUUUUCAUUCUUCCAUUUGAAGCUGGACCAUGGCCCCAUGCAAUAGGUAAAAUGCUGGAGGUUUGUGUUUCUUGAAGUUUCACGACCUCCUAGUGUGGCCGAAGUAAUUCCUUUUCAUGGGGUGGUUUCGUAGGAUCUAGUUGUCUCAACAUUUGAAGACAUUAAUUACUUGUUUAUGAUGUUCUUUCCAUGGUCUUAACUUGGCUUAGGCCUCUCAAAUAUUGAAAGUUGCCUUCUUCAGAUUCAAAUGGAUAAAAUCUUGUUUUUAGAGUUGAACUA